GGCAAAAAUAAACAAAAACUUCUCCUUUUAUGGCAUCUAACCCAUGAGUGUCCAAUAAAGAUUUGAAGGUAAGCUUUAGGGUUUUUUUUGCAAAUACAGAGGAGGAUCCUGACAGUUGGAGAGAUAUUUAAAGACACGUCUCUCGCCUGAACAUUCAACAGAUUCUCAGUUCAUACGGAGCAAAUCCCACUGAAUCCUCUGAGCUGAACUUCUGAAGAAACUUCUCAAACAUGAUUGUGUUGCUGUGUUUGUCUGCGGUGUUUCCCAUGUUGAUGGGGACUGAAGUGGUCAACUCUAAUUGCUUUCUUGCCACUGACUGCUCUGAUGUUUAUUCAAGUGAUAAAACCAGCAGCGUGUAUUGAGGAGAUUGAGGAGAGCGUGUACACCGAGGACACGCUCGGUGUACACGCUGUGAGGAGAGCGUGUACACCGUCUCCUCAAUAGAUGGACCGGUGCAGAUCUACUGUGACAUGAUCCCCAGCGGAGAAAAUCACAGCAAAGGCAACUGGACGGUGAUUCUCAGGCGAAUGGACGGUGAGGUGAAUUUCUUUAGGCCAUGGGACAGUUAUAAAUGGGGUUUUGGUAAUAAAGAAGGAGAAUACUGGCUGGGUUUAGAGUUUAUUCACCUGCUGACACGCAGGAAUCGGUAUAAACUGAGAGUAGAUCUGGAGGACUUUGAUGGGACGAAGGCUUACGCUGUGUACGAGUCCUUCUCUGUGGACGCCGAGUCUGAUGGGUACAAACUGCAUGUCAGCGGCUUUGUAGAUGGAGGAGCAGGUGACUCUUUGACUUACCACAAUGGAAUGAAGUUCUCCACCUUUGACAAAGACCAAGACCUUCAGGGCAGUGAAAACUGUGCUUUAAAAUGGGGAGGAGGAUUUUGGUUUAAGGACUGUUAUAACACAAACCCCACUGGUCAGUAUUUGUGGGGGAAAGAUGCUAGCACUUUGUAUAUUGCAGCCAACUGGUACUACUGGAAGAAAAACUAUAAAUCUCUGAAGGCCAUCACCUGGAAGAUCACACGUGUGAUGUAGACCAGGGGUUACAAAUGCUUCACGACUGCAGCUUGUGCACAUAUAUUCACAGCUAUUAUGCAUUCAUGUGGAUCUUUCUUAACAUAUGGUGACCAGCAUGUCCCAUCAGCUUUCAGUGAGGGAAAAUUGCACAUAAAUUAAUAAUAAUAAUUCAACAUCCAUUGUUCUUUAAAAAAAAAAAAAA